AUGGCGACCCAAAUACCCGUCGAUCCGACCCUGGCCUCGACGAACACUCUCAAGCUUGAAAAUACACACAAUCGAGACGUGUUGAUUGCGAUCGAGAAGAAAUACCAAAAGGAAUGGCAGGAGACCAAAAUCUUCGAAUCGGAUGCGCCUACAACGGCCGAGAUCCCCUUCGACUCAGUCCCCGCCGCGGAGAUUCGAGAAAAAUAUCCCAAGUACUUUGGCACCUUCGCCUACCCAUACAUGAACGGCUCCUUGCAUGCCGGGCACAGCUUUACAGUCAGCAAGGUCGAGUUCACCGCGGGCUUCAAUCGCUUGACCGGAAAGCGCGUGCUGUUUCCAUUGGGGUUCCACUGCACGGGGAUGCCGAUCAAGGCGUGUGCAGACAAGCUCGUCGAAGAUGUGAAGAAGUUUGGACAGAAUUUCGAGAACUACCAUGAAGAAGACGAUAGAGCUCCACCAGAUACCAACGGCGCUCCCAUCGCGCCCACACAGGGAGUCAAUGUGAAGGACGACCUCACAAAAUUCAAGAGCAAGAAGGGCAAGCAGGCCGCAAAGACGGUCAAGGCCAACUACCAGUUCCAGACGAUGCUGGCUAUGGGGAUACCAAAGGAAGAGAUCCACAAAUUCGCCGACGCCAGCUACUGGCUCGAAUACUUCCCACCAAUCUGUCAACAGGAUCUGAUCGAUUUCGGAGCGAGGAUAGACUGGAGGAGGAAAUUUGUCACCACCGACGCAAAUCCGUACUACGACGCCUUUGUGCGAUGGCAGAUGAAUCGCUUGCACGAGCUCAACAAGAUCCUGUACGGCAAGAGAUACACGAUCUACAGCCCCAAGGACGGUCAACCGUGUAUGGACCACGACCGGACCAAGGGUGAAGGUGUAGGUCCAACAGAGUACACCGCGCUGAAGUUGAAGGUCAAGGAGUGGUCAACUGAGGCGGCAAAGGCGGUGGAAUCGAUAAUUCCCCGCGACGCCAGUGUCUAUUUUGUGCCUGCGACUUUAAGACCGGAGACGAUGUACGGUCAAGUAUGCUGCUUCGUCGGACCGAAGAUCAACUACGGUAUUUUCAAGGUGUCAGAAAAGGAGUAUUACGUGGUCACCAAGAGAGCGGCUUGGAAUAUGGCUUUUCAGGGUACUUUCUUUGACCAGGAGCAUUUCCCUCGUGACCAGAAAGAGUUGCAGCCUGUUGUGGAACUACCAGGGUCCGCCUUCGUGGGUACUCUGGUCGAUGCGCCUCUCUCAGUGCACAAAGAAGGUGUUCGAAUAUUACCUAUGGAUUCCGUGUCUGCAACGAAGGGCACUGGCAUUGUCACUUCAGUUCCGUCAGACAGUCCGGACGACUUUGCCACGGUCAGAGAAUUGGCGAAGAAAGCCGAGUUCUAUGGCAUCCAAAAAGCAUGGGCCGAAUUGGAGAUCAUCCCUAUUAUUGAUACUCCAGCUUAUGGCAACCUUGCGGCGAAAUACCUGGUCGAGACCAAAAAGAUCCAGUCGCCCAAGGACGCCACUCUGUUGGCCGAAGCAAAAGACAUGGCGUACAAGGAAGGCUUCUACAACGGCACCAUGUUAGUCGGAGAAUUCAAGGGGGAGAAGGUGACUGACGCCAAAGAAAAAGUCCGAAAUUCCUUGAUCGCGUCUGGCGCCGCUUUCCCUUUUGCCGAUCCUUCAGCUGAAGUCAUCAGUCGCAGCGCUGAUGAAUGUGUGGUCGCAUACGUCCCCCAGUGGUUCCUAAACUAUGGCGAAAACGACAAAGAGUGGCAGCAAACGGUUGUCGACUACGUCAAGGACAAGAACGGCCUCGAAACCUACGGUCAUGAAACCGAAAACCAGUUCGUCGCUAACCUCGAGUGGUUGAACCAAUGGGCAUGCGCAAGGACGUAUGGGCUGGGUUCUAAACUCCCGUGGGAUCCCACCUUCUUGGUGGAAAGUCUGAGCGACAGCACCAUUUACAUGUCAUACUACACGAUCGCCCAUUUCUUGCACGGAGACAAAUUCGGCAAGACGCCCGGGCUAUUGGACAUCAAGGCAGAACAAAUGACGGACGAUGUCUGGGACUAUAUUUUCACGCGGACCAACGACGUCAAGAAGGUCUCGGAAUCGACAAAGAUAUCGGUUGCGGACCUACAAAGCAUGCGGCGGUCCUUCGAAUAUUGGUACCCUCUCGACUUGAGAUCGUCCGGAAAGGAUCUGAUUCCCAACCAUCUCACGUUCUUCCUCUACAUUCAUCUCGCACUCUUCCCUCGCGAAUAUUGGCCCAGAUCUGUCCGCUCCAAUGGCCAUCUCCUGCUCAACGGGGAGAAAAUGAGCAAAUCCACCGGCAACUUCUUGACCCUGAGCCAAGCGGUGAAGAAGUUCGGUGCCGAUGCCACGCGGAUAGCGCUCGCUGACGCAGGUGACGGCAUGGAAGACGCGAAUUUCGAGGAGAAGGGCGCCAACGCCGCAAUCAUGCGGAUGUACAUUCUCAAGGAGUGGAUCGAGGAGACAUUGAAAGACGAGGGCCUCCGCAAGACGCGGGGAGAGGUCAUUUGGGACAAGCUGUUCGAGGAUGAAAUGAACCUUUUGGUGCACGAAGCAUACAAGCACUACUCUGAUACCAACUACAAACUCGCCCUGAAAGCCGCGCUCUACGACUUUCAGUCCGCGCGUGACUUCUACCGCGAAGCCUGUACCGCCAGCGGCAUCCCACUGUCGCGGCCCCUGGUCACGCGGUACGUGGAAUUACAAUGCCUCUUGAUCAGCACCAUCGCGCCUCACUGGGCCGAGUAUAUCUGGCUCGAGGUGUUGCACAAAGACCAAUCCAUCCAACUUGCGCGCUGGCCGACCGACGUCCCCGAAGCGGACCCCUCCAUGACCGCCGCGAGAGAGUACGUGCGGACAACCUCGAGUAACAUCACGAGCGCCGAAGCGCAGGCGGCCAAGAAAAUGGCAAAGGGGAAAGCCGUGGCAUUCGACCCCCGCAAACCGAAGCAGAUCACCAUCUUCGUGGCGUCGCGGUUCCCGGAGUGGCAGGACAAAUACGUGGAUUUGGUCCGGAGCAUGCUCGAGAAAGCCACCCUGGACGACGACAAGGCCAUCAACGCGUCCGUCGCCAAGAUGGGGAAAGGACCCGAGAUGAAGAAGGCCAUGCCGUUCGUGCAGUCCCUCAAGAGGAGACUCGUGGGGCCGAACAAGGAGAAGCCCGAGGCCGUGUUUGAGAGGAAACUGCCCUUUGACGAGGUCCACAUCCUCACCGAGAUGCGCAAGGGCUUGAUGAAGAACACGGGCUGCAAGGACGUCAAGGUCGUCGGUGUUACUGACGAGAACAGGCAGACCCUCCCGUCCCAGGCCGAGGCCGCCGUCCCGGGCCAGCCGAGCUUCUUGUUCGAGAACGUCGACGAAUAA